CUGAAUUUGUAUUUGAGGGAUGAGUCGACCUGCCAUCAGCUUUGUGAUGUAUGAAGAUGAGAUUAACAAGUUCACAGCUGCAGAGAAUGACUUUGUGGUCCUGAAGAAGGACGUUGAUGCUGCCCACAUGACCAAAGUGGAGCUGGAGGCCACGGUGGAGAGGAUGACAGGUGAGAUCAACCUCCUGAAGGCCCUCUACGAUUGGGAGCUGUCCCAGAUACAGUCAGACACCAGCAACAUGUCUGUGGUUCUUUCCAUGGACAACAACCACUGCCUGGACCUGGGCAACAUCAUUGCCAAGGUCCGCACCCAGUACGAUGAGAUUGCCCAGAGGAGCAAGGCUGAGGCCGAGGCACUUUUCUGGACACAGCUGGGGGAGCUGCAGACCAUGGCCAGCAGGCAUGGGGAUGACCUGAGGAACACCAAGAGUGAGAUCAUGGAGCUCAACAGGAUGAUCCAGAGGCUGUGGGUGGAGAUCGAGAGCAUCGAGAAGCAGAACGCCAAGCUGCAGACGACCAUCACUGAUGCAGAGCAGUGCCGGGAGGUGGCCCUCAAGGACACUAAUGCCAGGCUUCAGGACAUCAAGUAUGGACUGCAGCAGGCCAAAGAGGACCUGGCCUUGCUGCUUUGCACGUACCAGGUGCUGAUGAAUGUCAAGCUGGCCCUGGACGUGGAGAUCACCACCUACGGGACCCUCCUGGAGGGCGAGGAGUGCAGGGUGUCUGGGAGGUACCACAGUUCCGUGAGCCUCGGUGAGUAUUGGGUUAUUUCUCUGGGAAAGGGCUGGAGGCCUCGGAAUGCAGUUUCUCAAGCCAUGUGCCAGCGCUGGUGCGGGGCCAUCCAGCCUGCAGGCUGUAAAAGCUGUUGGUGGCGGUUUUGGAGAAGCCAACCUCCCCUCCCCUCCCUGAAGCCUGUCCUCCCCACGCCUUGCCGGAUCUCCGCGGGGCGUCACCCUGGGGAAGACCUGCGGCCCGGGACUGUGGGGGGGCGGGGGGGGGCGGGGGGCGCGGGGGCUUCUCUGGUUCCGGGACUUCUGCGCCGCCAGUCGGGGUGGCGGCGGCGGCAGCAGCAGCGCGGCCAGCAUCUCACAAAACUCCUCCCAGAGCCGGCGGUCCCGCCACAAAUUCUGAACCCGGCGCCAGAGGCGUCCUCGGACCAGCCUCCUUCGCCCUCGGCAGGCCCCGCUCUGAGCUCCCCCGCACCCCCGCGGGGCCCCUUCCCUCCGCUGCUUCUCACCUGUGCCCCUGAGCCCCGCAUUCCCAGACGGCUGGCAUCGCAGCAACCCGAAAGUUGCUGGGAUGGAUGA